AUGCGACUAAUUAAAAUUUAUCUGCGAUAUUAUCCGCCAGGAAUCGCUCUCAACUAUAAGAAGCGUGAUGUUGAGGAAACCAAAAUGAUAGAUCUUUUCGAUCUUACUCCAAGCUGUGAUUUGCAAGCCCUCACAAAACAUAUCGCUACUACUGAACCUUUAAUAACACAGGAAAUAUUCCCACAAGUGACAGAGAUUUUGGAAAAGUUACAGAAAAAGCUCAAGGAACCGAUUAAAACAAAAUUCUAUCUCUUCAAAACCCUGCAAACGCACAUUCUUCCACUAACCAAUGUGUCUUUUGACAAAUCGGGAAAAAAAUGCAUAACUGGAUCCUACGACCGAACAUGUCGUGUGUGGAAUGUUGAAAGCGGUGACGAAGAAAAGGUACUAAAAGGGCAUGAUAAUGUUGUCUUCUCUGUCGCCUACAAUUAUCCUAAGUGUGAUCGUAUUCUCACCGGGUCUUUCGAUAAAACAGCAAAAAUAUGGAAUCCCAUUUCUGGAAACUGUUUAAAUACCCUAUGGGGUCAUACGGCGGAAAUAGUUGCAGCAGAGUUCAAUCCCAAUCAGGGCGAGCAGGUGGUAACGUGUAGCAUGGAUAAAACGGCUCGGGUGUUCCACUGCGAGACUGGUCAGGAAGUCCACCUGUUCAGUGACCAUCGCGCCGAGGUGAUCUCGGCACGAUUUAAUAAAGAUGGAAACCUGCUGCUAACAGCGUCUUUCGACGAAACUGCAAUCGUUUGGGAUAUGAGGAUGAAAGAACAUGCCAUCAUCAUUCGCGGACAUGAAGCCGAACUAAGCAAUGCGAUUUGGAAUUUUCAGUGUUCAAUGAUAGCCACCAGUUCGCUGGAUAGGACAGCGAAGAUUUGGGAUGUUCGAAAACUCGACAACAGUCAAGCCAUCGCAAAUCAUAAAGAUGAAGUCCUCGAUGUCGCAUUCAAUAGCACCGGAUCCCGUCUCGCAACCGGAAGCGCCGAUUGCACAGCGAAAGUUUGGGAUGUGACCGGCAACUUCGAGCUAGUCACAAUCAUGGCGGGACACAGUGACGAAGUGUCAAAAGUUACAUUUAGUCCUCCAGGAGGGCUUCUGCUGACGGCAUCAGCUGACAAAACUGCCCGCAUUUGGAACUCAGCGACGGGCAUUUGCACGCAAACUCUUGCCGGACACGAUGGAGAAGUAUUUUCCUGCUCGUUUAACUACUGCGGCGAUGCUAUUAUUACCGCUUCGAAGGACAACACUUGUAAGAUAUGGAGAUGA